CCAAAUAGCGAAACAUGACCAAUCAGCUGAUUAAUACCAAUUAGAACGUCACGAAUUUGGAAUGACAAAUGGAGGUAGGUUAUGAGUUUUCUUAUAAAAUUUUUCAAAAGUAUUUUUUAUAAAAUGCUUGAACUUAUUUCAUCCAAAAACAAUGAUACAUCAAGUUCUUUAAGCGUCUACGUCAAGAUUGGAUCAGAUAAUGCUUUACAUUUAGAAAUAGAUCCUGUAUGGAAUAUAAAAAAAAUUAAGGAAAUAAUAGCCCCCCAAAUAGGACUGAUGCCUGAUGAAAUAAAAAUUAUUUUUGCGGGGAGAGAACUAGCAAACAAUGUAAGUAUUGAUGAAUGCGAUUUGGGGCAACAAAGUAUUUUACAUGCUGUAAAAAUUAAAGCAAGAAAAAAAUCAACAGUAGAAGAGCAGGAAAAAAAAAUUGUUAAAACUUUAUUUGAGAAUCUCUCUGAUAACUUAUUGACUGACGUUACAACAUAUGAAAAGUCAACAUUGGAUGGUUUGAAACCGGAAAAUCAUAUAAAAAGACAUUUUUAUGUUUUUUGUGCAACUUGCAAAAGUUUAAAGCCUGGAAAAAUAAGAGUAAGAUGUCAUUUCUGUAAAAGUGGUGCUUUUACAGUACAUGCAGAUCCACAAAACUGGGCUGAUGUCUUAGAACCAAAAAAAUUGACUGGUGAUUGUAACAAUGAUCCAGAUAUUUGUACCAAUGUUUUAAAUAAUAGCGAACCUAACUUUGCUGAAUUUUACUUUAAAUGUGCAGAACAUAUCUCUUUGGGAGAAACUGAUGAAGCUGUGCCAUUGUAUUUAAUAAAGCCAAACCUACAGCACAAUGAGUGCAUAGCUUGCCUGGAUGUUAGUGAAAUAGUUUUUGCCUUUCCUUGUACUGAGGAUCAUAUAUUGUGCUUAAGCUGCUUUCAAGAAUAUUGCACAACAAGACUUAAAGAGAGGCAGUUCUUCCAACAUUCUGAAUAUGGUUACACACUGUCUUGUCCAAUGGGUUGUCCAAAGUCUUUUAUUAAGGAAGUUCAUCAUUUUCGCUUGCUUUCAGAUGAUGAAUACCAACAGUACCAUAGGUUUGCAGCGGAAGAAUUUGUAUUGCAGACUGGUGGUAUUUUGUGUCCCCAACCUGGAUGUGGAAUGGGUAUUCUUCCAGAUCCAGAAUGUUCAAGAAUAACUUGCAUCAAUGGAUGCGGUUUUGUCUUUUGUCGAAAAUGUUUGCAAGGAUAUCACAUAGGAGAAUGUGAAUCGUCAGAAACUGUUUUAGAAACAGGUGCUGAUAUAUAUACUGCUAUAUCGGUCAAUCCGUGUAUAAGAGUGGAUGAUGCUUCAAAAGUUACCAUAAGAGUUUCCACUAAACCAUGUCCAAAUUGUAAAACUCCUACUGAAAGGGACGGCGGGUGUAUGCACAUGGUAUGCACCAGGAGGGGCUGUGAAUUUAACUGGUGUUGGGUGUGUCAGACAGAGUGGACUAGAGAUUGUAUGGCAAAUCACUGGUUCGGAUAA